AUGUCAUCCGACGAAGAUUUACCAGCUCUUCUUAGUGGUAGACUCGAAGCGGCUCGUUCGUUAGAACAACAAUUACAUGGCAAACAAUAUUCAUCGAUACAAGGAGUUAGCAAACUACGUAAUCGACUUGCAAGCGAACUAAAAUUCCUCGAAGGGAUCGAAUCUGGCAAGACGCCACUGGAGAGGAAAUACAUAGAAACGAGUAAUGUGACUCAUUUCGAGAAUAUUGUGUCUGGUAUUCAACGAUUUCAUGGAGUUCAGGCUGUUUUCCACACAUUUUCUAUUCUUGAUCCAGAGACGGAUUCGGUUUUGAAACAUACUGUGGAUAUCGUUGCAAAGAAAGGCAAUCAGUGGGUAAAAGUUAUUUCUCGAUCAGCAAAAGGUAUUUGUAUGGACUGGUUAACUGGCAGCUCCAGGAAUAUUUUUGAGCAGGCUGAUACAUACUUAAACAUGGCAGCACUUUUUCAAAGGAAUUUUCGUCCGCCUGAAGUUGUCUUCGAGUUUGUAGCUGGGGUACCUGAUGCGAUGGCGUCAAAGUUGCGAUCUCUUGGAGUAACCGUGAUAGGGGAAGAGGUUCCAAUCGAUUCAAUUACCAAAGUGCCAGAAGAUUUUAUGGAAAUGCUGAUGAAUGACGUUGAAGAAAAUGACAGAGUGCCAGCAAAUGGUGCCGAGCUGUCACGACCUCCACCGAUUAACUUGGAUGUAUCGGCUGUUUUCGUCCUAAUCUCGAAUAUGACCCAUGAAAAUGGCACAAAUCAUGUGUUCGACAGCGUUCUGCUUUCUCAACAAGCAGAGAUGGAGCGGAAAACUCCUGCUAGGAAGCAACUUCUGAGCCAAAUUGAAGGUAGAGAUUGGAUAAUCUGCCGUACGGCCUACGAUUCUGUCCGUGACAUAUUGAGUACGGUAGGAGGAGAAUCUGAGAAGAAACGUAUGGAAGAAUUGUUCUCGAAAGUUCGGUUAGUUGAAGAUGCGGUUUCGGAGAAAACAACUACCCUCAAGCCUUCGGAUCGGAUUAAUCAGCGAAGUUUGGGUGUGUCUUUCGAUGUUAUACUUCACGAAUCACGAGCUCUCAGUGAACAAAAAGAACUGCCACCUGCUUAA